AUGGCAACACCACGGCCAGUUUCUGAACAAUAUAAUCUUCAAACACAAACACAACAAAAGUCAGGAUCCAAUCCUCAAUACAGAAUGUCAGCAGAUUUAUCACAUUUAGGUGGCCAACAAGCCACCAACCAUAGAGGCUCUCGCCCAACCUCCGAAGUAUUCCCCACUAACAAUCACAACUCAUAUCAGUCACCUGAAGCUGAAGCAAUUGAUAAAUGGUUUGAAGAUCUUCAACACUACGAACAAACUCUUGAAGAAAUGGCAACGGCAAGUUUAGAUGAAACUUUUAAAGAAGAAUUAAAAGCUAUUGAACAAUGGUUUCGUGUGUUAUCGGAAGCUGAAAGGACGGCUGCUUUAUUCAGUCUGCUUCAGCAUUCAACUCAAGUACAAAUAAGGUUUUUCAUAACUGUUUUACAACAGAUGGCCAGAAAUGAUCCAAUGGGUGCUCUUUUAUCACCAGCAAAUCCUGAGAAAGAUUUAAUGCAAGCGCAAUUAUCAGGUGCAAUUAAAACAGAAGCAAUGUCACUAAAAUCACCAACCAGUCAAACAUAUCCACGUCGUCUUUACGAUAGACAUUCCGGUGUAGACUUCCUAUCGCCCGAAGCUGCCAUUUAUACAGAUCCUGCCGUGGCAUUGGCACAAAAAAGAGCAAGACUUCAAGCAAAUACCGGUAAUCGUUCUGCAACUUUAUUUCAAACAAGACCAAAAUCGAUGAUAUCAGAAACAGAUCCAAGUCUAUGGAAUUCCUCAGUUGCACAAACUCCUACAACUGCCAAUUCUGACCGUACAACUAAUGGUAGACCAAAAUCAGCCGACCUUAGUGCUUGGACCCCAAGUUACUCUAUACAUUCGCCUAGACCUGGUGCUUUUGAUGCUGAAUUAUCACCGUUAGUAGGCGGUAGUUGGGCUAGUAUGGUUCCGACGCCGGUUGUGCCAAUGUUUGCCGAAAAUAAAAACAAACAAGCUGCAGAUGCAGAAUUGGUCAAUAAGAAACUUGCAAAUUGGAAUUUAAGUAAUAGCUCAGGCAAUAGAAUUGUUUUGGAAAGUGAUGUUAAAAAGUUUCGCCGUAAUCAAGGAAAAAAUAAUUCGGUUCAUCAUGGUGGGUGGUCGGCAUCAAAUGGAAAGGGUGGUAGUGGAACACAUUUAGCACCACCACCUAAUCUAGUACGUGUCGGUAGCGAUGAAAAUAACGGUUAUCAUAGUGAUCAUAGUGAUGCUUCACAUAAUGCUGGUAAUAAUAAUAAACCAAAGGGUCAUGAUGUUCCUGCAUGGCUUAGAAGUCUUCGAUUGCAUAAAUAUACGCAGGUAUUUGAAGGAAUGAAAUGGCAAGAUAUUAUUGAAUUGGAUGAUCCAACAUUAGAACAGAAAGGUGUGGCAGCACUCGGAGCUCGACGAAAGAUGAUUAAAGAAUUUGAUAAAGUUAAAGAAGCAAUGAAAGAAAAUGGCUUAAGUGCAGCACCGUCGUCAUGA